UACAGUGGCAAAAAGGCUGGUUUUGGGAACUUGAACCGAGAAAACUCUGCUCAAGGUUCGGCAAUGAAAUUCAUCAAAAAUCCCAUCUUUGCUUAAUUUGAUCCUUUUAAAGCUGAAUUCUCAUUGAGUUUAAGGCUUCAGCUUCUUACAGACAUCACUCUCCAGGUCCCAACUCCCACCACAGCACCUUUGCCCUCAUAUUUGUCGAUCAAAAAGAUCCCGGAUUCACGAGCAGAAAGCAACUUAGAAGGUGCCAUUUCUAGCUAGCUCAAAAUGAAGCUAUUCAGUUGGAUGCAAAAUAAGCUUAAUGGAAAACAAGGGAACAACACCAAACCAAAUGCAGUGAUUUCAGCAACUCGCCAUGUGAAACAAGAGUCUCGGGAGGAAUUUAGCGAUUGGCCUCAUGGGCUGCUAGCAAUUGGAACAUUUGGCAACAAAGAGCUCGGAGAAAGUAAUGAAAUCCAAGAUGCUGAAGAGGACCAACUUGUUGAAGAGGACCCGUCUCCAUCCCAUGAUUUACAAGAUUUCACUCCCGAGGAAAUUGGGAAAUUGCAGAAAGAGUUGACAAAGCUUUUAACAAGAAAGCCAACUUCUCAAGAUAAAGAAAAGGAAACUGCAAAUCUUCCCUUGGAUAGAUUUCUUAAUUGUCCAUCGAGCUUGGAGGUAGAUAGAAGGGUCAGUAAUACAGCAAUCGGUGAUGUGGAUGACAAAGAAGAUGACAUUGAGAGGACAAUCAGUGUUAUACUCGGUAGAUGCAAAGACAUUUGUGAAAAUAAUAAGAAGAAAGCUAUUGGGAAGAAAUCAGUCUCUUUCCUCCUCAAGAAGAUUUUUGUUUGCAGGAGUGGGUUUGCUCCACAGCCAAGUUUGAGAGAUACACUUCAAGAAUCAAGAAUGGAGAAGCUUUUGAGAACAUUGCUUCACAAGAAGAUUAACCCACAAAGUACCUCCCGGGCAUCAUCAAUGAAGAAAUAUAUCGAGGACAAAAAGAUUUCAAAGAAGGAAAAGGAAGAUGAUGAAAAGCGAUACAAGACAAGUGAUGGAUCUAAAUGGGUGAAGACAGAUUCAGAAUAUAUUGUUUUAGAGAUUUAAUUAAAUCUUCAUCCCUUUUAAGCAUUGAUAUCACAAGAUUCAAACGUGGAUUGAAGCAAGUGAGAUGCUGAAAUUAUGCAGUAAAGAGCUAAAGGAAUCAAGACCAUAAAAGGCCAUCAAUAAACAUAUAUCAAAGCUAUAUCGAGGGUGGAUUCAUGAGGACAAGACAAAAAAAUUUUGAUCAAGAAGGUCACUUGCUAUAUAUUUUGUUGACGGUGCUUCCACGGAAGUUUGUUUUUUUCAUGUUUGCAUCUGUUGAUUCAGGUCAGGGCAACACAUGUUAACAGUACAAGGAUGUCAUUAGGAGCCUCCGCGCACCCGAAAAACAAGAUAGAGCUAGACAUUCUCUCCCUUUUUUUCAGUCCUAUUUUACCACACCCUUUUUUGUUAGCUAUGUUUGCUCUUGUAAUAUAUAUAAUUUUGACGUAAAUAAUAUAAAA